UUUUCCUGUUAGUCUAAAAGACCUGCUUUUACGUCUUCGUUCCUUCAUUCCGUGUGUUCAAGUCUUUGGAAACUCUUUCACUUCAAGUACAAAAACCUCUGCGCUCAAGAUGAGACCAAGAUAGCUAGCUAGCUUAAGCUCUUCCGUCGCAGCGAAGCCAGGAGAAAUGGGGAGGUACGCUCAUGUCUUCUUCGUUCCUUUAUUCCUCCUCUUCUUGUGCUGUUUCUCCUCCUUCUUUGUUUAUGGUUUGGCUGCCAGUUCGUUCCAACUAGUCCUAAAACAGAGAGCUAUCAUGACCAAUCUCUCUAAGAGCCUCCCAACGUCUCAAACUAAUGGGUUGUGGAGCAACACCACGGACCCUUGCCAUUGGGUUGGGGUGACCUGUUCCCGCCCUGCGCCCUCCUCCGUUGUGACCUCUCUCUCCUUGUCCGGCCGCGGCCUCUCCGCCACCAGCUCCUCCUUGGUCGCCCGCUUCUUUGACAUCCUCUGCCGCCUAGACUCCCUCAAGUCCCUCGACCUCUCUCAGAACUUCCUCACCAGCAUCCCUGCCUCCUUCUUCUCCAACUGCAGCGGGCUCUCCGGAUUGGAGUCCCUCAACCUCAGCUACAAUGGCUUGAACGGUCCUCUGCCUCGUUUCUCGGGCUUUGGGGCUUUGCGGUCCUUGAAUCUAUCUUUUAAUACCUUAUACGGAGCCGUGGAUAACGGGCUGGAAAAUCUCACCAGACUGAAAAGUUUGGAUCUUUCCGGCAAUCACUUCACCGGCGAAAUCCCCACUCUGAUUUUUGGUUAUGAGAACCUCACAUUGCUGGAUCUCAGUCAAAAUAAUCUAACUGGGUCUGUUCCAAAGGGGAUCGAGAAGCUCUCUAAGUUGAAAGAACUCCUCCUUUCUUCCAAUCUUCUCGGUGGGACAAUCCCAAGUGGUUUGGCAACGAUCAAGAACCUGUAUCGAUUCGCUGCCAACCAAAACAAUUUCUCUGGCCCGAUUCCUCGUGAAAUUACUACUCAUGUGAGUGCUUUGGACCUCAGCUACAAUGGUCUCACCGGGGAGAUCCCGCCGGAACUCCUCUCGCCGCCGAGUUUAGAGUAUGUGGAUCUGACCGGUAAUCACCUUCAAGGACCCAUACCUUGGAAUUUGUCACAAAAGCUCUAUCGUUUGCGACUUGGCAAUAACACACUCAACGGAAGCAUUCCAUCAACAAUUGGGAAGCUGCCCAAUUUGACAUAUCUAGAGCUGAAUGACAAUGUAUUGGACGGAGAGAUUUCAUCUAUGCUGGGGAACUGUAAGAAUCUGAUGCUGUUGAAUCUGGCUUCCAAUCAGUUGCGGGGGACUUUGACAAAGGAACUGGGUUACCUCAAACAACUGGUGGUCUUGAAGCUUCAAAACAACAAGCUUAUUGGAGAAAUACCUGAUGAACUCUUGAAGUUUCAGAAUCUGAGCACUCUCGAUCUCAGCCGAAACUUCCUCACUGGUGAGAUACCUCAAACAAUUUCCAACUUAAAGAUGCUUUCAGUUCUGAAUUUACAGAGCAACGGAUUCAAUGGUUUAAUACCUGGUAGCAUCAGUAGCUUGGAUUUUCUGAUAGAACUGCAGUUAGGAAACAACCGUCUGAGCGGAACGGUUCCAAGAAUGCCAAAGAGCCUGAAGAUAGCUCUGAAUCUCAACAGCAAUCUCUUCAGCGGACCCAUACCUUCCUAUCUCGGUGACUUAUCUCUGUUGGAGAUUCUCGAUCUCUCGAAGAAUAGUUUUAGUGGUGAAGUUCCAAGUUCUCUUACCGAAAUUCAAAGCUUGACAGAAUUGAAUCUCUCUUAUAACCAGCUUUCUGGAGUGCUUCCAAAAUUUCGUUCAUUUGUCCAAGUCAUAACCACUGGAAAUAAGGAUCUCAUCAUCCGAAAUACAAGCUCUAACACUAAUACAACCUCUAACACUACCUCGAUGAAAGGAAAACAAAAUACUUUACUCAUUGUUAUGGUUAUCAUUAGUGUUGUCAUUGGCAUGGGGCUGAUCGCAGCGGUUAUUCUGUUGAUCAUUUUUAAGCGCUUUUAUCGGGUGGAAGAUGAAGGUCUACAACCAGCAGAGAACCUUCCUCAAGUUGUAAGUGGAUGUUUCAUAACUGGAAGCAGCUUUCAUAGGUCCGGUAUCGACUUCACCAAAGCAAUGGAAGUGGUUAGCAAUCCGGCCAACAUAAUAAUGAAGACUAGGUUCUCCACCUACUUCAAAGCUGCGAUGCCCAAUGGAGUCGGGUAUUCUGUGAAGAAACUCAACUGGACUGACAAGAUUUUCCAGACGGGCAGCCAUGAAAGAUUCGGGCAGGAACUGGAGGUCCUGGGAAGGCUGAGCAAUUCCAAUGUUAUGGUUCCACUGGCAUAUGUCUUCACGGAAGAUAGCGUUUACCUGUUCUAUGAACAAGUACACAAGGGAACUGUGUUUGAUUUCCUCCACAGGGACCCAGAAAAUGCAUUGGAUUGGCCAUCUCGUUACAGCAUAGCGGUGGGGGUAGCUCAAGGGCUGACUUUUCUCCAUGGGUGCGAUCCACCAGUUCUCCUUCUCGAUCUUUCAACAAAGAGUGUUCGCUUGAAGUCGGUCAAGGAGCCUCAGAUAGGAGAUAUCGAGCUUGGCAAAGUCAUCGAUCUUUCCAAAAGCACUGGGAGCCUUUCUAUGGUUGCUGGCUCAGUUGGGUACAUUCCUCCAGAGUAUGCAUACACUAUGCGGAUAACUAUGGCCGGCAAUGUUUAUAGUUUCGGGGUCAUCUUGCUGGAACUGCUGACUGGAAAGCCACCAGUGAAUGGGAGAAUUGAGUUGGCCAAGUGGGCACUGAGCUACUCUUCUAGGCUUGAAGAAAGAGAGAUGAUUCUUGAUUCUAGGGUUUGCAAAGCAUCGCUUGCUGUUCGUAAUCAGAUGCUGUCAGUUUUGAAGGUUGCCCUGGCAUGUGUUAGUAACUCAGCGGAGGCAAGGCCCAAGAUGAGGAACGUGUUGAGAAUGCUGUUUAAUGCAAGGUAAUCAUGGCUAAUGACUCAUGAAAGAAGUGCAACUGAAGAAAAAUUGUUCUGCCUUAUUACACCUAAACUUGUUAUAGAAUAGGCAGUUGUGUUCUCUUUGUUACGUUGUCGAUACACACCCAUCUAUGUAUUAUAGUGUGAUCAUAUUCCCUUUUUCCAAUUUUUGAAGAAUGAAUUGGAGGGGUGCUUCUUGUUUCAGCAGUCGUACAAAGUAAUGGGAAAGAAGAGAUCAUAAGUUUCUUGCUUUUUAUAUAGUCAAUAUGGUAGGGGCUUUGCCUGGUGAUGUAUUUCCCAUCAAAUGUAUGUAUCUGCUACGUAUAUCAAUUAAUGUAUCAUACAAGGUCCAAUUUUUA